CGUCUUCCAAACUAAUUGUAUCUUAUUCUCUUAGUUUUCUAUACUUGAACUUCAAGAAUCAAUCUGAAGGUCAGUUCAGCGGGUAUUAUUGACCAUCAGUCAGCGGGGCCCCUAAGUAGAGUGAUUUGUGUAAGGAUCAAACAAUGGACAACCCACCACCAAUCCCGCCUCGGCCCCCAGGAUAUGAGCUGAGGACACCAGCAAAUCCGCGUCUCCCUCCACGGCUGAGCCCACAACAGCAAGGACGGCCACAGCAGAACCAGCAACCCCCGCGUAACCAGAGACCUGCUCAAGCACAGCCUAGCCAAUGGUCUACGCUGUAUUACCCUGAUGGCUCUCCGACGCCGCUGUUCGACCAGCUCAUGGCUGCCAUUUUCCCCCAUCUAGAUCCGCAGGGGACUGGGUAUAUACGUCCGGAAGUGCUUUCGAUCUUCCUGACCCUGAAUCAGUUCCAGCCGGAUGAGGAUCUUUGGAAGUCGAACCUCAAAGGGAACAUCAUGUUCACGCCCGAGGACAUUGCAGAUGCCGAACUCAAAGCGGCCUGUGAAGCCUGGCCGUUCGAUCACAAAGUGGUCGUCCGCAAUCCGGGGCGCACACCGCUCCCCUACGGCGGCAUGCCGCUCCUGUCGCUCCGCGGGCUGACGGAGAUGAUGGCCGUGGAGCACGCGGCGGAGCCCGAGCGCGGCCACCGCGCCAUCCAGGCCGUCAUGACCCGCUACGGGGUCUGGCCGCACCUGGGCCCCUUGCCCCGCGGGUGCCUGCCCGCCGAUAUGCCGCCCCAGAUCCAGAGGCGCGUCGAGCAGGUCCGGGAGAGGAGCAUCAGGGCCGCCCAGGAGAAGAUGCAAGCCAACCAGACCCGGUUGGCCAUAGAGGCCCAGGGCAGACAAAAUGCCUUGGACCUGCUCGAUCCGCCGUGGGUUAGGAGGGUUUAUUAUUAGGCGGGAGUAUCGGGUUGGAGUAGCAGGGCUGGGAUGAUCGGGAACUACUCUCAGCUCUCAUGUAGGACGGACGGGUGUGCAUAGGCGUGAACAUGGUGGUCCUUGAGAUCACGAAUGACUGGAAUAUAGAUACACAUCUACGACGGUAUAGGUACGACGCCGCACUAACACAAUUUCUAAUUUCACUUUGGCAUUAUGCAGCAGUCGUUUUAGACUGGAAUCCGGCUGUCACGUGUAACAAUCCAUAUCAUCAUGCGAA